AUGGAGCGCGGCUCAAGGCAUGGGCGCAGGCGUUGUGGGUUGCAAUGGGGUGCAGCGAUAGCAGGAACAUACUCUGCAGCUUUGUGCCUUUGUGCAAGAUAUUCAAGCGCAUUCGUCUCCCCAGUGCCUGGCCUGGGAGCUACAUCAGGAUUGGCCAAAUCUGCAGUUCGUCGGCCUCAGGGCUCCAACGCGCAGGAUGUCAGGUGGGCACUCACGGCGGCGGGCGUAUGCUGGGCUGCGGGACUUGUCAACCGCGUGUCGCGCUCGGCGGCUCCAAAGGAGCGCCCUUCAGCCAAGGAUGCCUUCUUCGCGGCGGCCGAGGUGUUCGACGAAGAGGAGGUGGAUGUGGCGGUGAUUGGAGCAGGGCCCGGUGGGACGCUGUUGGCCUACCUGCUUGCAGAGCAACACGGCAGGAAGGUUUGUCUCAUUGACCCAGCGGCCUCAAAGAAGUGGCCGAACAACUACGGCGUUUGGCAGGCAGAGUGGGACGCCUUGGCAGCCAAGCUCGGGGUGGAUUUGAACGCCUGCUUGCAGGCGCAGUGGAAGGUGACAGACUGCUACUUCGGAGGUAGCUGGGAGUUGCCGGUGGACAAUCGCCUCCGGCUUGAUCGGCCGUACGCCAGGGUGGACCGUGCGAAGCUGAAGCAGCUCCUCCGAAGCAGCCCGAACGUGAAGGUUAUCGAGUCCGAGGUGGAGUGCAAGGCCAUCGCAAACAACGUGUUCGACUGCCCCGCCAUCCGCCACAGUGGCUCAGGCUCUGUCAUCCUUUUGGCUGAUGGUUCGGCCAUCCGCACCAAGCUGAUUGUUGACAGCACCGGCUUUGAGUCCAGCCUAACUCGGCGCCUGCCAGCUCCGGGACAGGCGCCGGGCCCGGCUGCGGGGUAUCAGAUUGCCUACGGAUGCGAAGUUAUUGUGGACGGGGAUUUCUACUAUGCGCCCGAAGCAAUGACCUUGUUUGACUACAGAACUGACCAUCUGAGCUUUGACAAGGAGUGGGAACAAAGAGCCGAGAAGGAGCCGACCUUCAUUUAUGUCAUGCCUUUGGGGCCUGUGCCUGGUGAGCCAAAUGCGCAACGAGUCUUCUUUGAAGAGACGUCGCUGGUCGCUCGCCCUGCCAUUAGCUUCGAAGAGUGCAAGCAGCGCUGCUUUGCGCGGCUGAGACACUUAGGUGUUUCCUACAGAGAGGAGACCAUCAGUGACGAGGAGUUUUGCUACAUCCCCAUGGGCGGCAAUCUUCCAGAGCCUGGUCAGCGCAUUGUUGCCUUUGGGGCGGCAGCUGCAAUGGUGCAUCCAUCAACAGGGUAUCAACUUUGUCGCAUGAUGGCAUCAUCCAAGGACGUGGCGGACACCAUUGCUGAAGAGCUCGCUAAAGACUCGAGGCCGGAUGCUGUGGCAGCCGCGGCAUACGAGGCGAUUUGGAGUCCUCAGAACCAAGCACAGAGAGACUUCGCUGUGUUUGGUGGAGAGUUUCUCAUGGAACUGGAUGUGGCGGGCCUGCGCGGCUGGUUCCAGGGCUUCUUUAACUUGCCCGAGGAUCUCUGGGCUGGAUUCCUCGCGGGCUGGCCAUCCCUGCCCGGAAACAGCAACCAUGAGUCCUGGUUCGCCCGGCUCACGUUCGGGCUCCAGCUGGUCACGAAGAUCCCACCCCCCGUAGUGUUGAGGCUAAUGGCUGCCAUUGGCCGCUUCUCUCUGACCUAUGGCGUGUCUUUGAUCCGUUCCGUGACGCCCCUCUUCGGCUCUCCACCAUCCUAUGCAUACACGCCGCCAGUGCCCAAAGAGGAGAUUGGAGAUGUCGCCGCCAAGAGGGAGGCGAUGGAAAUGAUGAAAGGACUUGCUCUUGGCCUGACUGAGCAUGUGGUGCAGAUCACGCUGCCUGAUUGGGCGGUGCCCGUGCAACGCAUGGAGUCCCGCAUCCGACGCCUGCAGGUCCUUAGCGAAGAGGAGCUCAGGUCAUUGUUGCAAUGCUUGGAUGACGCAGGCCUUGGGCGUGUGUCCUACCGCAGCUUCCGCACAGCAGUGGCCGAGUUCCUGGCAAAAAGUCGGGACUUUCACUCUGCCCUGUCGCCUGAAGAGUUCAAUGCCAUCCUCUACCGGAUCAAGGCGCGGGUGAAAGAAAACGGGCUCACCGUAGGGCAGGCCUUGCGAGAGGCAGACGGGAGAAGUGCGUUGCCUGGCGCAGAGUUCAUGCAGAGUUUGCGUGGCUUGCGGCUUGGCCUAUCGAACAAGGAGGUAGCGCAGAUCUUCAACUCGUUGAGCGCUGACUCCUUCCGCAUGGCGGGCACAGCGGCGCCAAACCCCGUACAUGACGGUCAAGUCUCCAUUGCUUUGUUUGACACCUUAGUGGAGAACUGUAGCAAUGAAAGUCUCAAGGACUGGGCAACUGUGGCCUUCCCACGCUUGCACGAGUUGAUUGUUAGCAAGGCAUGUUCAGACUGA